AUGAAAGUCAUAGCACAAAGAGUGAAGUCGGCAAAAGUCCUGAAAGAAGAUGAGGUGAUUUCAGAAAUAGGAGAAGGGUUUGUUGUUUACGUUGGAGUAGAAAGAAAUGAAGAGGAGAAAGCAAUCUACUGGUUCGUUGAUAAGUUAAAAGAGAAGCUAAAGGAGAAUGAAGAAGUUUUAAUUCUCAGCCAGUUUACUUUAUUGGCUCAGUUUAAAAAUGCCAAGCCCUCGUUUCACAGGGCAGAAGAGCAUUUCAAAGCAAAGGAGUAUUUUGAAAAUGUUGUAAAAAAGACUAGGGCUGAGCUGUCAAGAAGAGUAAAAUCGGGUGUGUUUGGUGUUUAUUUACAAAUAUUACAAGAGUUUGAAAGUGUAAAUGCUGAGCUGUGGGAAUCAUCAAAUAAUCUAUGA